AUGGCUGCCAUUGCGGCAUCUGCUGCCGCUACUGCUGGCCUCAUCUACGCCGACUACUCUCUCGGUGUGUCACGCGACAUCUCCCAGUACCGACGCGACAAAUCAUUUACCAAACGCUUCCCCCAAUUCAUAUCUAGACUUGGCCCUCAAUCACCGCAUCUAUAUCGUAUGCUGGAACUUGCCGACCCAAAUGCCGAUGCCUUAUGUUUCGAAGGUCGAUCUUGGAAUUACCGUGCCAUGAAACAGCAAGUGGAUGACUUGGCCGUGGGCCUGAGCAAGAGUCUCAACGUCAAGAAUGGCGACAUCGUUGCUGUGUUCAUGGUCAACUCGCCCGAGAUGGUCUUUGCCGUGUUUGCCUUGACGAGACUAGGAGCGGCACCGGCAUUAAUCAAUAAUGCCUUACGAGACGACACCCUCUUACACUGCGUGCGACUUCCUUCCUCGCAUCUCAUUCUCAGCACCCCCGACCUUGCUCCCUACGCUGCGUCGGCGGCGAAAUCAUUGAGCGGCAGCAUCAAGACCGUCAGAUUGAACUUGGGUUCGUUUCGACCCACCCCCAUUCCCAGCGAAGACAUCAUGGAUUUCCCCUUUCCCGACCCAUCGACAUCUCCGGCCUUCUCUCUACCACCUAUACCACCCCAGUCCCUCGCCUCAGUCGCGGCAUUAAUCUACACCUCCGGGACGACCGGCAAGCCAAAAGCCUGCCGCGUCAAAAACGCUCUGAUCUGCGCCACCGCAUGCACCACAUCGGUAGACCACGCCCACCGCCAAAAAUACCUCGACGGACUCCGCAUCUAUUCAUGCAUGCCCCUGUUUCACGGCACAACCUUUUUCACGGGCCUCUGCUACUCGGUCGGCAACAGCGGGUGUUUCUGCAUCGGACGAAAAUUCUCCGCCCGGAAUUUCUGGAAGGACGUCCACGAAUGCCGCGCCACUCGCAUCCUGUACGUCGGCGAACUCUGCCGAUUCCUCCUCGCAACCCCCAAAGGAGACUUUGACCGUAAACACAACGUCCUCGUCGCCGCGGGCAACGGUCUGCAGAAGGACGUGUGGAUUGCCUUCCAACGCCGCUUCGGCGUCAACGAGGUCCGCGAAUUCUACCGCUCCACCGAAGGGCUGGUCAAAUUCGACAACAUCCACCGCCAGAGCCGGCCUGGCGCAGGCAAAGUCGGGUAUCUAGGUGUCUUGCGUAACAAGGUUCUCGAAAAGGACCAAUUCAUCGUGAAAUUCGACUACGAUACCGAAAUGCCCAUCCGCGACCCACGGACGGGGUUCUGCCAGAUCGCUCCUCGCGGCGAACCCGGCGAAGCCAUUGCCCGCAUCCACUCCAUGGAGACAUAUACCGACUACCAUGGAAACGUGGCUGCGACGGAGCAGAAGCUGCUCCGGGACGUCUUUGCGAAGGGCGAUCUCUGGCAACGCAGUGGCGAUCUGCUGGUCCAGCAGCCGGACGGCUGGGUUAGGUUUGUUGACCGCAUCGGCGAUACGUACCGUUGGAUGGGCGAGAAUGUGUCGGCGGGCGAGGUGCGGAUGUUUAUUUCAGAAUUACCCGGUGUCAAAGAUGCGGUGGUCGUUGGGCGCCGUCUCGACAAGUACGAGGGACAAGUUGGAACCGCGCUCGUGGUAUUGGAUGCUCCCCGUGACAAGACGAGGGAAGAAGUAUUCAUGGCGCGUCUGUUCAAAGACCUGCGCAGUAAAGGUGUGCCACGAUACGCUGUUCCGAGGUUAGUGAUGGUGCGCGACGAGUUGGUCGAUGUCGGAGAUACGUUCAAGCAUGUGAAGGCCGUGGUUAAGAAUAUUGAUUGGGGAUCCGGUCAGCCUGAUAAGGCCGGGGAUGGGAGGAAGUAUGUCCUCGACUUGGAGGAAGAGGUGUUUAAACCGCUCGACCAGGGCAGGUGGAGUGGGAUCCUCGAAGGAAAGGCAAAGCUGUGA